CAAAAUUUUUCCGAGUGUCAACUCGAAUUUCUUUGUUAUGGUCUCAAUCUCAAUCAAUCAAUCUUUUAUUGAAUAUUUUAAAUGUAUAUACAAUAAGGGAAAAGCCAAAGCCAGAGGCUUAUUAGGAUUGGUCAGCAAAGUAUGUAGAACAUGAUUGAAGGGACUACCUCUGACCGAUCCGAUGGCUCAAGAAGACCGCUGACAGGUCUCCCCGGUCGGCCAUCUUGGAUCACGGUCAUUCGUUAUGCUCCGAGAUACAGAGACACACUGACUCUUAUUCAAUCGUAUCAUCGUUUGUGAUUAAAGACCAUAAACAAUCUACAAUCGAGGAGUGUUCUUCAUGAUACGAUCGAUUCGCCGCCAUGGUUGUCAUCGAAUGCACUGUACCCGACUGUGAGUUCAAGACCACCGACGCGUCCGAGGUUGUGGCAAUUGCCCUAUUGGCCAACCACAACCUGGUCCACAGAAAUGAAGCUCAACCCGGGCGACUACCAGCCAACACAGCUCUCAAAGGGCCAAAACUAGACCGGCCGAAGAUUGACGUCAGCGUAACAAUGGAAGAGUGGAACAUCUUUACACGAAGAUGGGAAGUAAUCCGAGCAGGCUCUGGGAUUGACGAAAAUUCAGCCCCAUCACAGCUUUUCCAGUGCGCUGGCACUGAGCUGGAAGACAGCAUCCUCAAGGCUAACCCCAAUGCUGCAAACGAGUCACUAACCAAACUGAUGAAAGCCAUGCGAUCCCUCUCCAUUAUCCCCAUUGCUACCUGUGUGCUCCGCACUGAACUCCUCCAGAUGCGACAAGAGCGAGACGAGUCAUUCAGGUCCUUCACGGCCAAAGUAAGAGGCAAAGCCGAAACCUGCGCCUACAACGCGAAGUGCUCAUGUAGUCGUCCCGUCGACUACACAGACCACGUAAUCCGUGACGUCAUCAUUAACGGACUAUACGAUAACGAGAUUCGAAGGGAAGUCCUGGGCAUUGACGGUAUCCUGGAGAAGCCGAUAAAUCAAGUCAUCGCCGUAGUAGAGAGUAAGGAAAUGGCACGCAACGCCCUGCCCCCUUCCCACUCAUUAUCCGCCGUCUCAUCCUUCCAGAGACAGAAAACAAACCCACCGCACCCUGCCCCAAGCCCCCCUCAAGCGGAUCAGGCGAAAGAAGCAACAUGCCCCGGAUGUCAAAAGACAUUCAAGCUGUUUACCGAAGGAGCUCGCGGAUGGAACAAAAAACCGCACCAGCUGUGCAUCGACUGUCAUAGGGUGAACCGGCGAUCAAGACGCUCACAGCGACAGCCUCAACAACGCUCGCCCCAGGCCCCGACGGUCCAUGCCACCCAAGCAGAGCCGAUUGCUCAGAUAUCAUCCCUCCACGGUGAGACGAAACAAGAUACCCGCCCCACCACACACGCCACCACGGCCAAGCGGCCCGUACGGCUAGACCACCACAUCUUCUCCAAGGGAGAAUGGAAGCGAGCCCGCUUCAGGGAUCACCCCAGGUUACCAAUCACAAUCUCGCUCGCACGAAAGGGCAGACAUCGGAAGGAAACCGCCGACACCACUCCCGACAUACAAGCCGCCGUGUCUGCCAUAGCAGACACCGGAGCACAAUCCGACCUAUGGUCCCUGGCGGACUUCUUAGCAUGUGGCUUCUCGAGAGAAGAGCUCCAACCCAUCAGACCUAGCCUAACGGCGGCUAAUAACUCGCCCAUAUCCAUAGAAGGGGCGUUCUUCGCCAAACUUAGCGCAACAUCUUACAGUGGACAAUCCACGACGUCAUUCUCCAUGGUGUACGUGAGCAGCUCGGUACGAGAUAUGUACCUUUCUUACGACUCGCUUCUGAACCUAGACCUCCUGCCGCACUGUUUCCCACGCCCUGAUGACGUCACAGAGGCCUCUAACGAGCGACAACCCGCCUCACAAAAUAAAACCCGCCCCAACUACACCUCGCCAACCACCAAUGCCGCUCGCAUCGUCAACGAAGGAUGUACCAAACCUGCCUCUGAACAUGACGUCACAUGUUCGUGCCCCCAGCGUGAGACAACCCCACCACGCCCUUCAGAGCUGCCGUUCCCCUGCACACCAGCGAACAACACUAAGAUGAAAGCCUGGCUCCUGAACAGAUACUCCUCCUCCACGUUUAAUACCUGCCCUCAUCGAGCACUCCCUUGCAUGGAGGGCCCGCCCCUCCACGUGGACGCCACCGCCAAACCCACUGCCUGCCACACACCGGCCAAUAUACCCCUCCACUGGCAAAAACGCGUGUACGAAGACCUCCUCCGUGAUGAAGCCCUUGGAGUGGUAGAGCGAGUCCCCUAUGGCGAACCAGUCACGUGGUGCCACAGAAUGGUAGUCACACGGAAGCACGAUGGAUCACCUCGCCGCACAGUGGACCUCUCACCACUCAACAAGUACUGCCAACGCGAGACGUAUGCGACGGAAUCACCGUUUCAACUCGCGCGGCGCAUUCCCAACGACACAUGGAAGACCGUGACCGACGCAUGGAACGGUUACCACAGCGUACCCUUACGCUCAUCAGACCGCCACCUGACCACCUUUCUCACUCCAUUUGGCCGCUGGCCACGGGCACCCCAAGGCUUCCUCUCUUCGGGGGAUGGAUACAAUCGGAGGUUCGACGCCAUCCUAGCUGAAUUUGAGCGCAAAGAACGAUGCGUUGACGACACGGUGCACUACGACCAUGACCUGGAACAACACUGGUGGAGGACCAUCGAAUUCCUCACUCGCGUCGGACAGGCUGGGAUAGUCAAUCCCGACAAAUUUCAGUUCGCCGGGAGGAGCGUGAACUUCGCGGGAUUCCACGUCUCAGACCACACCAUUGAGCUACUCCCGAAAUACCUCGACGCCAUCAGAGAAUUUCCCACCCCAACCAGCACGACAGACAUCAGAAGCUGGUUUGGCCUGGUGAACCAAGUGUCCAAUUACGCGCAACUCCGCGAUCUGAUGGCACCCUUUAAGCCAUUCCUAUUCCCCGCCACAAGUUCUUAUGGUCAUCCGAGCUCUAAGAAGCAUUUCAAGCCUCCAAAGAAAAAAUUGUCAAAGCCAUCCGCGAGGGAGUGGAGAUUUUUGAUAUACAUAAGCGCACCUGCCUACGCCCCGAUUGGUCCAAGCGAGGGAUCGGAUACUUUUUACUACAGCAGCACUGCAGUUGCUCCUCCGGCAUGCCCGACUGCUGUCCCGGGGGAUGUGGAAUCACCCUCGCCGGCUCUCGCUUCCUGUCGCCCGCCGAACAACGCUACGCUGCCAUCGAGGGAGAGGCCCUCGCCGUCGCUUGGGGCCUGGAACAGACCCGCUACUUUACACAAGGGUGCGACAACCUUGUGAUCAUCACCGACCACAAACCCCUGGUAAAGAUCUUCGGCGGUCGCACCCUGGAUGAAAUCUCGAACUCGCGACUCUUUCGCCUCAAGCAACGCACCCUACCAUGGCGUUUCGAGAUACACCACCUGCCCGGAAAAAGCAACUACGCAGCAGAUGCCACAUCUAGACACCCAUCCCAGUCAAACACGGAAGAGAAAGCCCCCCUAUGCUCGGCGAGUCCCCCUGACGCCGCAGAGAUUGCGCAAAUGACCGCCAUACGGGACACUGCCCAAGAGCUAGGCGCCAUCUCCUGGACCCUCCUCGCGCAGGAAACAGCCGCAGACGCUCGCAUGGGCAAUCUUCUCCACUCUCUCGAGCAAGGAACCCAACUUAACAAAGAUGACCCCACCCUGGCAAACCUUGGACCCAUUUACGAAUCCAUUUACCAGGAGGAGGGCGUCCUCAUGUACCAAGAUCGAGUGGUGAUCCCCCAUCCCUACGUCAGCGGGUACUCCAGAGCCUGCACGCCGCUCACCAAGGAACCUCAUCGAUGGAACAGCGGGCCCGGUCCAUCGUAUACUGGCCUGGCAUGUCGAAUGACAUACGUGUCACCAGGGAGAAAUGCCACGACUGUAACAGGAACGCGCCGUCACAGGCCAGAACCCCCCCCCUCUUCCCACUGCGCCACCAUCAACCCCGUUCGAAGCAGUGUUCGCCGACUUCUUCGACUACAAAGGUUACCAUUACCUCGUCGUAGGAGACCGCCUCUCUGGCUGGGUAGAAGUCUUAAGUUCCCCAGCCACGACCAACCUUGCAGGAAGCACAGGAUUAAUUCGCCACCUCCGCACCUUCUUCGCCACGUUCGGCGUACCCGAGGAGCUCUCGAGUGACGGAGGCCCAGAGUUCACCGCCAAGGCUACGGAGGACUUCCUACGAACCUGGGACGUCAAACAACGCCUGUCUUCAGUCAGCUUCCCACAGUCCAACGGCAGGGCCGAGGUGGCAGUUAAAACUGCAAAGCGUCUACUGCUAUCCAACACUGGUCCCACGGGAAGCCUUGACCAGGACCGAUUCCUGAGAGCCAUCCUACAGCUGCGGAACACACCCGACCCGGACUGCAGUUUAUCACCGGCCCAGAUCAUUUUUGGGCGCCCCCUGAGGGACACACUCGCAUUUGUCAACCGCCAGGAGAAGUUCUCCAACCCCCACAUACGACCCCUCUGGCGUCAGGCAUGGGCGGCGAAGGAGGACGCACUCCGAACGCGGAUCUCCCGCACAACAGAGUCCCUCAGAGAGCACGCGCGACCCCUCCGCCCCCUCGCCAUCGGCACAAGAGUCUUCCUGCAGAACCAGCAGGGCCCUAACCCGAACAAGUGGGACAGAUCAGGGGUAGUCGUCGAAGCAGCAGGACACGAUCAAUACCGUGUGAAGGUAUAUGGCUCCGGACGCGUAACACUCCGAAACCGCCGCUUCCUACGUGCGUACACACCAGCCUUACCAACCAUACCACAGGCGCCGUCAGGGGCCCCAGCAAAGACGCUAUCAGUGGCUCCAGCCGCCCCAUCCCCAAGACCGCUGACAGGUCUCCCCGGUCGGCCAUCUUGGAACACGGUCAUUCGUUAUGCUCCGAGAUACAGAGACACACUGACUCUUAUUCGUAAGUUUCCUUAGAUGAUUAACCAAUUGUUUGUAUUAGGUAUUCAUACGUUUGUAUAUCGAUUUGUUUUGUAGAAUCGUAUCAUCGUUUGUGAUUAAAGACCAUAAACAAUCUACAAUCGAGGAGUUUUCUUCAAUGAUAGGACUUUAGCAAACUUAAACACACAAGCACACACACACCCACGUCACACUCACACACCCAGCCCAGCCUUUGCGAAUUGCUCUAAAUAACAAACUCUUUGUCAUCCAAAUCGCCCUUAAUUUCUUAACAGUGCUACAUUUUUUUGGAUUGAUAAAUAUGCUUCAUAUGGCUUAUUUUUACAAAAUUAUAAAAAUUGGUUGCUUUUAUUUGGGCAUGCGUUACCGGCUCUUGGGUAUCUAGAUACUUCAUAUGUAUAUAACUUAUUUAAGUAUAUAAAAGUCGGGAACCUCGCAAGAACAAGCGAUUUUAAUUGGUUGAGAAAGUCGGUAUAAAAUGCAAUGUACACCUCCUAGGAGGUGGAUAUUUUUCUGUGCCCUGAGAACAAGCAAAAUGGAGGGUGUAACAGGCGAUUUGCAAGUGUUUCAGAAAAGAACAUUGUUCUAAAGCUCAAUUUAUAUACUAAAACAAUUAUAACAAUUAUUUCCGUUUCGGCGGAUAGUGGCUUGAAAAAUAUAUAGCUCCAGCCUUUAGCUCUCGGUAGAUAUUUCGCCACUAUCCACCUCAAUGGAAAUGUUGUCCACCUCAAUGGAAAUGUUGUAAUUGUUAAGUAGACAAGUAGAAAAUAACAAAAGCAGAUACGCAAUAAAAAAAUUAAGAGUGAAAAGAUGA